GCGUCACCGCUUAAACAAAAAGGACGCAGCCGGGAUACAGUGAUUGUUGUUGUUGUUACACUAUCAUCUAGAGGAGCAGAGGUGCUUUUUGGAUGCAUCAUACCCCCGUUUCUGCUCUGCCGGUUGUCACACAAGUAUUUAGAUCCCCCAUAUCUCUCGGGAGGCGGCUGAAUAUAAAGAGCAACGCUGACUGUGGCUCCUCAAACACGGCUAGCAUUAGCUAGCGGGUCUCACAGCGGAGCUAACCAGCUAGUUGCUUAGCCGUUAUGGAGUGGCUUCACCACCACGAAGAGUCCAAUGGCGAGCCACCUUCAGCGACCAAGGGCUUUACCGGGGUUUACCCUCACCAACAGCCGUCAUCAUCAAACCUCUGUGAUUGUCCCAUGGCGUCACUGUGUCAGAGCCAGCAGCGCUGUGUGAAGGCCUCAAUUGUGUCAAGUUGGAGAUUGGCUGAGGCGCAGGAUCAGUUAUGUUCUUUAGGAGUCCACAGCUCUGAGUCGCUGGAGCAAGAACGUGCUCGGACUCUGGCCUGCCCCACAGAACUCACACACAAUGAGGAGGAGUGGCGCCGCAAAGAGAGCAUGCUGGGAGUUCAGGAACCCAGCCGCAGUCCUGUACUUGGAGCCAGUUGGGAUGUUUUUGAUAAGAGUAUCAUCAAUAUUCUUGAUCAGCCUGUAGAAAUGGACCAGGACAAGUGCAAGACAUUUCUCCAAAAAUACGAACAAGAGCUCAGGCAUUUUGGCAUGUUGCGGCGAUGGGAUGACAGUCAGCGAUUCCUUGCUGCUAUGCCUCAGCUUAUCUGUGAGGAAACUGCAAACUACUUAAUUCUGUGGUGCAUGAGUCUACAGCAAGAAGGGAAAGAAGCGUUGAUGGAGCAGGUGGCGCACCAAGCUGUAGUUAUGCAGUUCAUCCUGGAGAUGGCUUCAAACUCUCAGCAGGACCCUCGAGGCUGCUUUAGACAGUUCUUUCACAAAGCAAAAGAAGGACAAGACGUGUACUUAGAGGUUUUCCAUACAGAACUUGAGGCCUUCAAACGGAGAGUUAAAGAUUACACAGACAAAUGCAGAGGUCAUUUGUCCAACACUGAACAGCAGAAUAUUGGCACAAACUGCAUACUCGACCCCAAAGAAGCAACAGUUCCUUCACAGGUGGCAGAGUUUCCUAUGAAACGUUGUGUAGAAGCUGGGCUUUGGACAAGUGCAGGGAGGUGGACGAAGGACGACACUACAGACACAGAAGACAUACGCAUGAUGGAGACGUCUUAGGGAACUCACGACGCGCCCCUGCUCUUCUAAUGUCACCAUCAUGUCGCCAUUUAGGAACAAUCUCAGUUAUUUAUACAGCAGACGAGGCUGAAAAAUGCCAUCACAGAGCAGGAAUAAACAGACGUAUUAUGCCGCAGUUUUCAGUAGAAAGCCUGCAGAAAGGAAGGUUUUGCUGAUGACAAAGAUUCUUCAGUAUUGCUGUUGGCAUGUCACUGUGGUUGGCCUCUAGCAAGCAGCCUUCUUGCAGUGUCGUCUGCCAGCUAAAUGCAUGUUGUGCCAUAACAGGUUUUUUUUUUUUUUUUUGUUGUUUGUUUGCAACUCCAACUGUUAAAAAACAUUCUCCAAGCUUCUCAGAAAAGAGAAACAUCCUCAUUAAAAAGCAUAAAGAACUAAUUAUAGAUUUUAUCCAGACAUCACAAAGAAUACUUAACCAGUGAAGUCUCUGGGUAAAUAUCACUUGGGUAGCAGAUCUACUCCCUGAAGUGGGGACUCCUGCUCUUAAAAUGAAUCAUGUUAAGUUUGAGGAGAAUAAGUGACAGAAUCAGUGACUUUGUAUCCUCUGUGGUACAAGAAGAUUCAGCUGAGGCUGAACAUUUUGUAUGUGUAGUGUUGCAAACUGAGUGUGAAGUCAAAUGCUGCAGGUCUGAUAAAUGAAAACUAUUACAGGAAGGUGGUGAUUGUUUGGUAGGUGUGACCUGAGUUAUUUGAUUUUAAUCAUGAGGGGAUAAAAAAACUUACCUGAGUUUAGGAACAUUGAAAUGGAGUGUGAGUUUCUGAUUUGAGUAUUAUAGGGCUUCAAUUUGUGAGAUAUAAACCUUGUUUCUAUUUUUUUUAACAUGUUUUAAUUUUAAGUACGUUAACGGCAACCAAAUUAUGCUAAUGUGCAAAGAACAGCGAAUCUGAAUUGUUUCUGAAUCUGUAGUAUAAAUGUAAAGGAUUGCAGUUGUGGUAAUCUGAAUCGUCGGUAUAAUCAAAUUUAUAACCCAAGUUAAAGUUUUGUUGACAGUUCUCCUUGUAAGAGCCUUUAGCUUUCAGACUGAUCUGCAUAUAAAGAGGCUGCACAUAAAUUUCAGAGGUCCUUCAGGCUGAUUAUAGGAAAGAUUGAACAAUUCAGUACGUGUGAGUGGCAGGUCAUUUAUCUGACUCAGUCUAAAUCAGCAGUCAAAACAGAUAUUUCAAGAUCGAUAAUCGUUUCAUUACCUGAUUGCUGCCGUGGCAUGAAUGGCCUGUCUUAUUGCUUUAAAUAUGCCAGGAGGACAGGUUAAGCUCAUUUCCAGCUCUGUUUAAACUCUUACACUGCACCUUGGUGCCAUCUUUUGGCCAUGUUUAGUAUGUUUAUUCUUCAUUCUAACAGCAUAACUGACAGAAAAUAAGGAAAAGCAUGAUGGGUUCUGUUAAAUAAAAUGCACAGGUAAUCUGACAGCACUCCUUUGUACACACAGAAUAGCUGUGGAUAUCAUUGUGGCCUUAAAUCUUUUGCUUUGAACGCUGUGUGUGGGGCAGGUUUGGAGGAUUAAAGCAUGUUAUAGCUUCAGAACCGCUGAUGUGAUUUCAGCAUCUCUUAGAAGGCGGAAAGAGAGCGGUUUGAUUCUGUUUUCCUACAAGUAUUCAUAGUGUUGUCUGGAGAAGCUUAAACACGACACAGUUUGUAAUGAAACAAACCUAAAACCUUUCCAUCCAUUAAGAUGCAUCCAUGGUAAUCAGGUAUUUUAUGGAUAAUUUAAUUGCGCAGAUAGCGGAUAUAAAUUUGUUGAAUAUAACAUGAUACCGGCACUGAGUUGUAAUACAAAAUCACCAGAAGCUCAUUUAAAUUUGAUGUUAAAUUACUGUUGGCUAUAUAUAUAUAUAUACUGUGUAUUCACAAAAAGUAUUUGUGUACUUGACAGCUUUGGCACUUCCUGUGACAAAAAUAAGUUUCAGGACAGUAGUUGGUAAUUACUUUAACUUCAAUAUUGAGUAAUAGAGCGUGCUUUAUAGUAUGUGAGUCAAACUAAUAACUGAUUAUAAAGCACUCAGCUUUUGAUGCGAAUACUACAAUAAUGCUGUCUUUUAGAGCCCGGUCUUGAUGUCGAGUGUCACAUAAUCAAAGUCUGCAUUUCAACCAACACAGUUUAAAUCGCACCAAAUUGAUCUUUUUUUCGUGGGUUUUGUGCAUCGAGUUUUCUCUGGUUCAGUGAUGUGCCAGAGAGGAACUAACAUUUUCUUCACCAGCCUGACGUUCAAACUGGAUUCCUGAAAACAAGUCGCAACCAACCGUUUCCUUUCAUAAGUGCUUUGUUCGGACUUCUGUCUUUGUGUUGGUUAAAGUUCUUCACUCUGGGAGUGAUCUUCACCGGAGCUGAAGAAAAGAUGCCUGCGUUGAGGAGAAAAAGGGCUGAGCUCUCCAAAAAGAGACUUUCAUUGUAUGUUUGCAGAAAGGAGCUCUCUGCAUCUGAAUGUGUCCUGCACUUUGUUUCUUUUUCAAAAAAAAAAAAAAAAAAAAAAAACCAAGGGGGGGUUAACGCUCUGCUUUCUGAUUCUUUCUCAUCUUUUACUUUUGAUUUUUAUCACCUUUUCGUUGUUCUCAGUCAGCAAGAAAGGGAUUGGAAUUAACACAUUUGCUGACAUUUACUCAGUAAGAUGUUUGCUGCACUUGGACUUAGAAAUAUAACGUAUAUUAAAUGCAGUUCUUAGAGCUGCUUUGUGAUGCAUUGAUAAUUCUGCUUCACAGCAAUUGUCACCUUGUCAUUUGUCAGUUAUUUCCCAAAAACAAGAUUGUGGUCUUUUGCAGCUCAUACAGUACAAUAAACAGCACACUAAAUGCUGUUUUUACAUAAGCACGUGUUGUCAGCAGUAAAGCUAAAAGUGGAGGUAAAUGUUUUAUUUUGCUCAAUCAAAACUACUCAACUAUGCAAAAUAAUUGGUUUAGGCUAAAGUUGCUGUACUGAACCUGUGGCCACUGGAGUGUUGACUUCCUGCGUGACAGUGAGUUGAGACUGGAUAUCAGUUUGCAUCAUUAGCUGCAGCACCAUGCUGGAAGAUAAUUCUGAAUCUCAUCGCAUUUACCGUGACUUUUGGUUUGUCUUGCUCCUAAAGCCUCAAAUAUAAAACCAGUACUUCAUGUCUUCUUGUGUGUGGGCCUACGGUGGAAAAGUCGUUAUAGGGGAACUCUCCUAAGUUUGCACAUCAAAGUCUGUUGUCAGGUCCCGAGGAGUCUGUUACAGAAGUGAAAUAAAGUUUUAUAAAGCCUUCUGUGG